UAGGACUUAAAUUCAGGACCAAGGAGAGAAGUAAGGAAGGAAAGGGAGAGGGCUCUAGAGGAGAAGGGUUGGGAAGGAGGUGUGGAGAGUAGGGUGGAGCUAAGAGCAGAGGGUGGAGAGAAGGAGUUAGAGUGAGAGGGUGGAGGAAGGAGGCGUGCAGGCUUAGUUAGCACUGGACUGAGGCUCUCCUUGGGUGAGCGUGACUUCUCCCGCUUCUACUGCUGCGGCUCCGGCUUUCGAAUACUGCCUGGCAGGAGGUGGACUUGGGUCCGGUGCAGGAUGCGGGUGCGUCUAGGUGUCCUAGCCGGGAUUGCGGCGCUAUCGGGGGCGCUUAGCUUUGUCCUCUUGGCGGCUGCCAUUGGCACAGACUUUUGGUACAUCAUCGACACUGCCCGGCUGGAGCAGCGCGGCCCGGGGGGCCCGGGUGCUGGCGGAGCCCGAUAUCCAGGUGGUGGCAAUGCCGGCGGCCUCAAUCAAAGCCAACCCGAGCCUCUCAGCUCGCACUCUGGUCUUUGGAGGACCUGCCGGGUCCAAAGCAAGUGCACACCCCUGAUGAACCCCUUCUGGCAGGAGAACGUGACAGUCUCGGACUCAGACCGUCAGCUUCUCACUAUGCAUGGGACAUUUGUGAUUCUUUUGCCGCUCAGCCUGAUCCUGAUGGUUUUUGGAGGAAUGACGGGAUUUAUAAGCAUCCUCGCCAGAGCCUAUAUCCUUCUCCUCAUGACUGGGAUGCUUUUCCUUUUCGGAGCCUUGGUGACUCUCGCUGGAAUCAGUGUCUACAUUGCCUACUCAGCAGCAGCUUUCCAAGAAGCAGUCUGCCUCUUGGAAGAGAAGGACCUCCUGGACCAGGUGGAUAUCAGGUUCGGAUGGUCCCUAGCUCUCGGCUGGAUCUCCUUCAUCUCUGAACUCCUCACUGGGGCAGCAUUCCUACUGGCAGCAAGGGUGGUUGGCUUGAAACGGAGACAGGACCAAGCAAUAUGAAAGGAUCAAUGCAGGGAGUCUUGGCCCUGGGGAAAAUGGGAAAUGGUGGGAGGCUCUUUCAUAAAACAAAGGCCAAAGCUAUGUAUUAGCUUUUGAAUCCAAAGAUGUGCUGUACUGUUGUUUCCUAUUCCUAAAAAAUAGCCAGGAAGCAAAGAAGCUUGCCCUCCAUACCUCCAAUGGACUUAUAUUAUGACUUGACCACUGUCUCAUUGUCAUUAGAGUGGUAGUAUGAGCCACUUUUGUUAUUGUAUUUAUUAGUCUGUGUAUGUGUGUAGGCUAGAGUAAAGAUAUUUUCUUGUGUAUAAGACAGUUAAGUAUGAUGAAAUAUAAUUUAGCUUAGCUGUAGGUUUUGGUACUCUUUUCUUUUUCUUAAAAUUCUAAAAAUUCCUUGCCUACCAAUUGUAAUCAUAGCUUUUGUCUGAAGUAGAGAUUUAUUGAAUUUUUAAGUAUACCCCAUUUUUAGUACACCCAAUAUGCAAAUAUCAGAACUUAAAAGGAUGAUGCAUUCAAGGGUGUUUAUUCAUAUUAAAAAAACAUUUUUCACUUUGUAUAAAAAUCCGUUACUGUGUUUCAGGCAGUUACCCUGCCUACCAUAUUUAGGACAGAAUCCAAUUCACACACUUUUGACUUUAUAGAUUAUUUUUUAUCACUACAUGAAGUGUGCAUAAAGUGAGGGAUACCUGUGACUCAGAGGGGCUUUAAUGACAGUAGCAAGUAUUAUGGUUUCUGUGCUCCAGAGAACAAAUAUGUUUCCAUCUAUACUGCUUCUGGUUGCGUGCUGCUGUUUUUAUUGGUGUUAUUAUUAUUGAUGUCUGGAUUGAAGUCUCUGUCUCUAAAAUGCUGUUUGUCAAGUCUCUUUUCAAUAGAUAAUUCUCCUUACAACAUUUCUAGGCAAUGGGUUUCUGACAAAAAAUAGCACUACCCAAGUUCUUUGGAAGCUUUCUAUUUUUUUGGGGGGGGGAUAGGAAAUACAUCACAGAAUCCUAUUUAAUACAGAUUUACUCAAUCCUUUAGUUCAGGGAUUCUUAACUUUUAUUUUAUCAUGGACUCCUUUGGCAACCUGGUGAAGACUUUAGAUCUUUUCACAGACUAAUGUUUUUAGAUUUAUAAAACAAGAUAUUUAAGUUCCCCCCCCCAAAAAAAACCCAAAAGCAAUUAAAAUAAAGAUAUACUUUUUUCCUAUCUAGUUUAUGAGAACUGGGAAAUCUAAAUAGUCUAUGGACCUCAGGUUAAGAACUUGGAAAGAUUAUAGAAAAUUGAAUAGUAUAUCUCCUUGUAUUUAGACAGGUACCAUCAGAUGAAUGUGCUUCUACCUUGAAGCACAACUGGGAAGUAGAUUACAUAACUCCGAUGUCUGAUAAUCAAAUAUUGUAGCCUGAAAGAUUUUCCUUUUGUCUGCUCUAGAUCCUUUCUAUUGCAAUUCAAAUGCAUUUCUUCACGCCUUAGU